AUGACAGAAAACACUGAUCCACUGACCCAAUAUUUCAAGAAUGUUUAUCCUUAUCAAUGUAUUCCGGAUAGCAGAUUCCUAUCUUCCAAGCAAGGUCUUUUGAAUACAAGUCGUGUGAUUGCCCUAUUGUUUCUUCCUUUCCAACUAUUCACUGCCUACUGUAUCCUCAAGAAAACUCCAGAAAAUAUGAAAAGUGUCAAAGGGACGUGCCCAUAUAUGUUUUAUCCGUACAGUAUUGGUUUUCCAAUUGGGUUACUCGCUGAUUGGGGUGUCCCCACUAUUAUUAAUUUUUAUGUCGGCUUUAUUGUGAACAUUGUAGUUAUCAUGUCCAUCACAAUGUUAUUCGAGAAUAGAAGCAGUUUGAUUGCAAGGAAUAUAUUCAGGAUCAGAACAACUACCCAUAGGUUUAUAUGGAUAUUUCUGAAUAUUUUAUGGUUCAUGGCAAUAAUUUUACCGCCAGCGUUUCAUUUACCAGAUCAAAUGGAAGCGAAGAUGCUUGUGUUGCAGAUCCGCGAUUAUUGUAAAAGACUACUAAAUAAUCGUUAUUUAGUGAAAGGACCAUUCUUUGCCGAUAAAGCCGACGGGUCUUGGGUUGAUCUGUUCAAGACUGCCUAA